AUGUUCGUGCAUGUAUUCAGAUCAAUUCAAUGUGCUGUGGAUCCAGCAGGCCUCACUAUGAGUAGAGCAUUUUCAUCAUCAAAGAAACCUUCCACUUUGCCUCCGCCACCUACACCAACCACAGUUGCAACAUCAUGUGCAAAGAAGAAGCAAAGUCCUAGAAGCCCGUUACAGGAUCUCAACCGCAUUUCCAGCAGCAGCAACAGUAGUUAUGCUUCUUCUGGUGUCUCCACUGAAGCCCCAAGGGGUUGCCUCAGGUUCUUGUCUUCCUCUUCUUUUAAAACCCCUGUACACAGACCCAAAAGUCUCUCCAAAACUCCCAACUCAGCCCCUCAUGCACUUGCAUUGAAACAACCUACAUCUAAGUCCUCAAAGGAGAACCUUCCAAAGGGUAAUGCUGGGGUGCAAACCAAAAGACUCGCAUCGGAUAAGCCCCGGACCCUUAGGAAGAAUCCCCCAUCCCUCAACCAGUGGCAGUCUGGUAAGAAAUCAGGAUCCAGGACUGGCCAAAAGUUUAAGCCUUGUUCUGCUUUGAAAGAACAUGGCAAAUGUUCAUCUAGAUUGCCAUCAGCAUCCGAGGAGUUAAAGCAAAAGGAGGGUGUUCUGGGAGGGAUAAAUGAUAAUGCUGAUGAGCAUGCCCAUCGCAAAGGGUGUGAUAAUGAUGCAAACUUGACUCCUUUGAGUAAAAAAGUUACUGGGUCAGAUUUGGAUGUUACAGUUUUAGGGGAUGCGGAGGAGAACCCAAACACAAGCAUUAGUAAAACACCUCCAAUUAAUGACUCUGUUUCUCCAGAGAUACAAUGUGGGUCUUCUUUGGUUUCAACAAAAACACCUGUCUGUUAUGGUGCUGGUUAUGUUGUUUCUGGUGUCACUGACAAGAGGAAAUGUAGGCCUAGAGGGAUUCUCAUUGUAGAAGAGAACAAUUCAAGCUUUGAUAAAAUGACUGCUAACAGUUUUGAUGAUGAUGAGAAAAAAACAAGGGAUAUUGAUGGCAAUGCUAGUCCUCCCUUAUUGCCUUUGCCAACUGAAGCUUUAGUGCAUUGGAUUUCUUCUCCACGUAACAAGGGAAAGAAAAUUCUGAGUCCGAAACCUGAAAAUGAACUAAAUCAAAGUCAGGGACUAGCAGAAUCCACAACUCUUUGUUCCAGUACUUCACCAUCAUCCAGUUCUAAAACUUUUUGGAAUGUAAGUGAGAGCAGUGACUUGUCUGGUGCUGCUAAUGGUGUCAGGAGAAAAGUGAGUUGUUCAAUUUCUCCAAGUGGACUUUCUGAAAUUCCAGUACCUUUUGAUGCCACAUUAUCGCCUUUUUAUACAUCCAUAUUGUUUUCUCCCAGUUCCAUGCCUUGUUGUAGGGUAGGUAGCUCAGAAAAAGGAAAAAAUGAUCGAUACAAUGUCAUUGAUGAGAAUUCUCCCUUCUCCCUGAAUUCAUUUGGUAGUGGAAAUGUUAUUCAAACUCCACAGUCAGAUUCCAGUUCAGAUUUACAUGUUGGAUUAUCAUUGGUGCAUGCAGACAAUCGAAAGGAAGAUAAUUCUAAUGCUGAACUUAAUUCGUUCAAUGAAGUUCUUCCAUCAGAAAACUUGCUUCUCAAUAGUUCUAUGCCACUGGAGGAUUCUGUUAAUUCAAGUUUCCAAUUCGAUCUCAGCAAACUUCCAAAAUUUUUGGAUGAUCAGGAUCCUUGGUUAUCUAGUCCUACAAUAGAGAAUGCAUCACAAUCCCAGAUGAGGAUAUCAUGGAGGGAAGGGUUAAUGAGCCAACUUUAUGAGGUGGAUGAAUUUGACUGUUGUAGAUGCUUGUCAGAUGAAGAAGACCUUGACCAUGACUAUGGUAGCAAGAGGUUAUCAGGUCCUCAAGAAAUUGAUGGACCUGGCAAACCAGCUUUGAUAUCAUGUUCAUGUGCUGAGUCCAUAAGCACUGAUGGAGGGAGUCUAGUUGCUUCAGACUGGACUUUAUGCUACAUGAACAAGUUAUUUGAUCCUUAA